CCAACCCAUCCCCCGCCAAACCCGGACUUCCGAGGGGGUGGGUGUUAGCGGAGAGGUUAGGCUUGGAGCGGGCGGCGAGGGGGCCCCUCCCUCGCACCGCCCCCCCACCCCCCCUCGACUUGGUCGCGCCCGAAGUGUAACACUUUCUCUUUGUCGGAGGAGCUCGUCUCUUGUUUCCUGUGCUGUGGCUCCGGUUGCUGCGGCGGCGCCGGUGGCAGCCCUGGCGGACGCAGGAGCGAUGGCAGCGGCCGACAUAGCUCGCCAGGUGGGUGAAGGUUGCCGAACUGCCCCCCUGGCUGGACACGUGGGGUUUGACAGCUUGCCUGACCAGCUGGUGAAUAAGUCAGUCAGCCAGGGCUUCUGCUUCAACAUCCUGUGCGUGGGAGAGACGGGUUUGGGCAAGUCCACCCUCAUGGACACUCUGUUCAACACCAAGUUUGAAGGGGAGCCAGCUACCCACACACAGCCGGGGGUCCAGCUCAGAUCCAAUACCUAUGACCUUCAAGAGAGCAACGUGGGGCUGAAGCUCACGAUUGUCAGCACAGUGGGCUUUGGGGACCAGAUCAACAAGGAAGACAGCUACAAGCCCAUUGUUGAAUUCAUUGAUGCACAAUUUGAGGCCUACCUGCAGGAAGAAUUAAAGAUCCGGAGAGUGCUGCACACCUACCAUGACUCCCGAAUCCACGCGUGCUUGUACUUCAUCGCCCCCACAGGUCAUUCACUGAAGUCCCUGGAUCUAGUGACGAUGAAGAAGCUGGAUAGUAAGGUGAACAUCAUCCCCAUCAUUGCCAAAUCAGAUGCCAUUUCUAAGAGUGAACUCACAAAGUUCAAAAUCAAAAUCACCAGUGAACUCGUCAGCAACGGAGUCCAGAUCUAUCAGUUCCCCACAGAUGAUGAGUCAGUGGCCGAGAUCAAUGGAACCAUGAAUGCUCACUUGCCAUUUGCUGUCAUUGGCAGCACAGAAGAACUGAAGAUAGGCAAUAAGAUGAUGAAAGCCCGGCAGUAUCCUUGGGGCACGGUGCAGGUUGAAAAUGAGGCCCACUGCGACUUUGUGAAGCUGCGGGAGAUGCUGAUUCGGGUUAACAUGGAGGAUCUGCGGGAGCAGACCCACACUCGGCACUAUGAGCUGUACCGCCGCUGUAAGCUGGAGGAGAUGGGCUUCAAGGACACGGAUCCUGAUAGCAAACCCUUCAGCUUACAGGAGACGUAUGAAGCCAAACGGAAUGAGUUCCUAGGGGAGCUCCAGAAGAAAGAAGAGGAGAUGAGACAGAUGUUUGUUCAGAGAGUCAAAGAAAAAGAAGCAGAGCUCAAAGAGGCAGAGAAAGAGCUCCAUGAGAAAUUUGACCGUCUGAAGAAACUGCACCAGGAUGAGAAGAAGAAGCUGGAAGAUAAGAAGAAAUCCCUGGAUGAUGAAGUGAAUGCUUUCAAACAGAGAAAGACUGCAGCUGAGCUACUUCAGACCCAGGGUUCCCAGGCUGGGGGCUCACAGACUCUGAAAAGAGACAAAGAGAAGAAGAAUUAACUCUGCUGUUUGCUGCAUGCUGCAUGAGGCCCAAGGUCCUGGUUUGGGCUUCCUGUAGAAGCGCCCUUUCCUGCACAACAGAGCUGGGCCUCCCUUUUCUCUAACUCCUCCCCUAAUAUGUCUAGGAGGCAAACAACUCAUGCCCUCCCCCUCUCUUCCUGCAAAAGUUUAUACAUGUCCUGAGAGUCAGAGGAUGGUGCCUGGCCUCUGAUCAAGAAGCUUAACAGUUCCAUGAUUUUGUAGCUGCAUCUUGCAUCCCAGUCUCCCCCCCCUCCAUCCACCUCCAGCUGUCCCCCACUCCCUUACUCUUCUCCCCACAUCCUCAUCCUUGCAUCCUUGCCAGACUGUAACACAUUCAGUAGGCCCAUCUGCUACUUCUUACCACCAGCCCAUUCCAACUCCGAUCGCUGCUACUUUGCUUCCCUGAUGUAUUUCUACCCACCUCGAGUGGGUAGAUAUCAGGCAGCUUCCACAUGUUCCAGCCGCCCCCCUUAGUCUCCUUGUGUUACAGUUAGGGUCUUCCCUGCCUCCCUCCCCUAUCUCCAGAAAUCACUGUCCCUCGUCAGAGGCUCCAAGUGGAGAUUCUGGAAUGCCUUUUCUUUCUGGACUCCACGCCCUUUUCCAUUCUCAGUCACUCACAGUAACUACACUGAAGCUGCAUUGAAAGUCCACCACAUGUUUAUUUACAGUGACCAAGCCCUUUUCCAUAAAAACAAUUGCUGGAGCUAAUAGCAUAAAUCCUCCCCAUCCCCACCCCAGUCUCUCUCAAUUUCUGGCUACCCCACAGAUACAGAAGGGAAUUAACGUGAAUGUUGAGUUGACAGAUUUACAGAAUACUUGAGUUUUCAGCAUCUUCUUGGUCAUUUCCCAGGGGGCUUCUUCCCAUCCCACUAAGAACGUGAUCAAUAGCAGAAAUCAUAGUCCCAGCAUCAUACAAAGUGGCAAGCUCACUGGGAAAAGAAUCAAGUGCUUGGGGGCUGUGGGGGGGAUGGUUGCUUGGGUGAAUUUUUGAGUCUUCUUUGGGGAAUGGGAUGAUGAUUUUAAAAUGCAUUUUGCACAUGUCACCAGUCAGAAGAGAUGAGAUUAUCCACCCAGAAGAAUAGAGGUAUUGUGCUUUGGGAAAGGUCUUUAACUUUGUGUUUUGAUGUGUUCCAACUCUACUAGCCCUAAUCUCACUUGCUGAUGGCUGUGGGAACCCCUUUGAAGUAGUAAGGUCUUCAUCCUCAGGGCCCUGAGAGAAUCAAAGAGCUGGUGAUGCUGUGGCUAAUAUGCCGUCUUUCUGCC